UUAAUUUGCAUUCGAAGUUUGUUGUUCUUGUAUUUAUUUCUCAAUGUACUAAUGUACAUGUCUUUCAAAUGCAGAGAUGGCUCAGCCUUCGACCCCAGAGCUUUUGGACCCUGCCGUGGACAAGAAGCAUCGCAGCUUCUUAUCCGCCGAGCACCAGACGGACCUAGGAGUGUUUCGCCCACGAGGCCCUGGAGAGCUGCUGACGGUAGACGAGCGCUGGACCCACAGGUUGGGAGCGGCCGGACUCGUACCGCUUUGCCGGUUGGUCGAGGCCCGAACGACGGAGGACCCCGAGGUUGCAGCCCGUCGUUUCUACUUCGAUCGGUUGCUGAUAGCAGCACUGGUCGACCGUUGGAGGCCGGAGACACAUACGUUCCACCUACCGUGCGAAGAGAUGACCCCGACCCUGCAGGACGUCUCCUACCUCUUAGGCCUUCCUUGCGCGGGAGCUGCGGUUGGGGUGAUCGAUAUGCAGGCUGACUGGAUGAACGACAUGCAUCAGCGAUUUGGGCCGGUGGAGCGAAAGGAGGAUGCACCCCCGUACGUGCCUGAGUUCUUAGCCGAUGCACGAGGGCCAACGAAGAAGUGGAUCCUACAAUUCCAGCCGACGUACAUCCACCCACAAGCCAACGCAUACGCGGUCUCGAGACAUUUGGAGGCCUACCUCCUUUGGUUGUUUGGGUGGGUGAUGUUCACUAGUGGCCAAGUCCACCUGGUUACGAGGACCCUUGUGCCGUACGCCCAGUCGAUAGCGGACGCGCAUGCAGAGGAUGUACCGCAGUUCAGCUGGGCAUCAGCUGUUCUUGCUGCGACGUAUCGGGCGCUCUGCGACGCAUGCAUGAAGAAGGAGGCGCUAGCCACUUUUGCCGGGUGUCCACUUCUUCUUCAGCUAUGGUCGUACGAGCAUUUCGCCAUAGGUAGGCCGGUGGUGGAUCGCUCCCCGUACCCAGAGGAGUGGUACGGUGAGAAGGAAGAGGACGCGCCGAUAAUGGCUUCGCUGUGGUGUCGUCGAUGGAUAUCAUUUAUGAUGUAA